CCCUCCCUCAACAAAGCAGGCGGGGCCUGCCCAGUUGCCCUGGCAGUAACCACAUUGUGAGGUGGUUCCAGUUAUAGGCAGAGGGGUCUGAGUGGGAAGAGACAGAGGUGGUGGGAGCAGUGGGCUCUGCCUGUCCCCACCCCCACCUGGGGCCUCACACCAUCCCACUAUCAUGGGUAGUGCCUACCACUGGGAGGCCCGGCGCCGGCAGAUGGCUUUGGACCGAAGGAGGUGGCUGAUGGCCCAGCAGCAGCAGGAGCUGCAGCAGAAAGAACAGGAACUGAAGAAACACCAGGAGGAAGAACAACAAUCGGAGAAAAAACUCCAGCCACCUAAGAAGUUAAAUGUGCCGCAACCACCAGUGGCGAAAUUGUGGACAUCACAGGAGCAACCACAGCCAUCACAGCAGCAGCCAUCAGUGCAGCCACCAUCGCAGCCACCACCACAGCCAUCAACUUUGCCACAGGCACAGGCGCAGGCACAGGCAUGGCCAGGGCCACAGCCACCACAACCACAGCUACCACCUCAGCCAACACAAGCAAGUGCUCAAGCCCGUUGUACUCAGCACACCUCCAAAUGCAAUCUCCAGGAUUCCCAAAGGCCAGGUCUCAUGAACUCAUGCCAAUCUAGCCCCAUCAAAAACACUGGGUAUUCACAACUCAAGUCUACCGAUUACAUACAGCAGUGGUGAUCCAGAGAUUGAACCCAAGACCCCAUGGCCAUCCCCAAAAUGCAGAUGAGCAACCACAUCUUCUCAGCAUCCAGCAAUAUCUCCACUCCAAAAGCCACCCACUCUAGAAGAGGAGGCUGCCAGAACAAAAUGCAGGUACAGAUUUUGCUGAGAGAGAAGAAAAGAGAACGUGGGACCACGUGUCACAUGGAGCAGGCUGUCAGCUCAGAAGAUGCCUGCAGGUCCCAGUUUCCUUACCCCACAGAACUCUUUCCUUCCAUCAGGUGCCCCCAAAGUGUCACUCCCACCCCUUCCCACCCUUCAGGUGAGUGUGGCAGCAUGGCUGCACUAUCACUCUGACCUCCACUCACUUGGCCCAGGCACAUGCUGGACCCCCCCUCAGGAGACAAACAAAACAUUCAUCUUCCUCAGCAAUGCAGGCUGAAGAGCCCAAGGUCACAUAUUGUAAAGAUUAACC